AUGGCCGACGCCCAGAAGCCCGCUGAGGUCCCGCAGGAGACUCCUGCUGCCGCUACCGAGCCUGCCGCUGAGACCAAGCCCGCUGAGACUGCCGCUCCCGCUGCUGACGCUGCCCCUGCUGCUGAGCCGGCUGCCGAGGAGAAGCCUGCUGAGGCUGCCGCUGAGGAGCCCAAGAAGGAUGAGGCUGCUCCCGCCGAGGAGGACAAGAAAGAGGAGGUGAAGCCCGUCGAGGAGGGCCACCUCGAGCACAAGCUCGGCUUCCCUAAGAACUUCCUCUACAACAAGCAGUUCUUCUGGUUCGGCACCGAUGCCGUCGACCUCAAGGCCAUCAGCUCUUUCAAGGCCGACAAGGUCGCCGAUGUUGCCCACCACAUCACUGCCUGGGCUGCUGAGACCGGCAAGGGCCUUCUUUUCUUCAACGAGAAGGGCGACAAGGCUGCUCCCGUCGGCGCCAUCCACCUGGCUGAUGCCUCCGAGCCCGUCGUCGAUGGCCCUACCAAGUUCCACUUUGUUGUUAAGGGCACCAAGCACAGUUUCAAGACUGCCAGCACUGCUGACCGCGACAACUGGGUCGCUCAGCUGAAGGCCAAGAUUGAGGAGGCCAAGGCUCUCACUGCCACCGUUACCGAGUCUGAGACCUACAAGAAGACCCUCGAGAGCCUCAAGCCCGCUCCGGCCAAGAAGGAGGAGAAGGCUCCCGCCACUGAGGCCCCGGCCGAGGAGGCUAAGAAGGAGGAGGCUGCUCCCGCUGAGGAGGCUGCCGCUGAGGCUCCUAAGGAGGAGGCCAAGGAGGAGGCUAAGGAGGAGCCCAAGGCCGAGGAGAAGAAGGAGGAUGAGGCCAAGGAGAAGUCCAAGCCUCGUUCGGCUAGCCGUAAGCGCAUGUCGAUCCUCGGCCUGCUCGGCAAGAAGGAGGAGAAGAAGGCUGCCGAGCCCGAGCCUGCUGCCGCCACUGAAGCCCCAGCCGAGGAGGCUAAGAAGGAGGAGGCUGCUCCUGCCGCUGAGGCCGCUGCUGAGGCUCCCAAGGAGGAGGCCAAGGAGGAGCCCAAGGCUGAGGAGAAGAAGGAGGACGAGGCCAAGGAGGAGGCCAAGGAGGAGCCUAAGGCUGAGGAGAAGAAGGAAGAGGUCAAGUCUAAGCGUACCAGCAUCCUCGGCCACUUCCAUUUCGGCAAGAAGAAGGCCGCUUCUGCUGCUGAGGCCCCCAAGGAGACUCCUGCUGAGGCCGUCUCGGAGACUGCUCCUGUGAUCCCCGCCGUCGAGACCACCGAGCCUCUCUCGACCGAGGUUGCUGCUCCUGCCGCUGCUCCUGCCGAGCAGCCCGCUGCUGAGACCGCCGCCACCGAGGCUGCUCCCGCCACCAACGGCGAGACUAAGGAGACUCCCAAGGCCGAGAAGCGCAAGAGUGCUCUUCCCUUCAGCUUCGGCAAGAAGAAGGAGGGCUCUGCCUCGGACGAGGAGGGCGUCGAGAAGCCGAAGUCCCCCUUCUCUAAGCUCCGUGCUACCAUCAAGGGCAAGUCGAAGACGGACAAGGCUGAGAAGGCUGAGGAGAAGGCCGAGGAGGCUGCCAAGACCGAGGAGGGCAAGCCUGCUGAGGAGAAGCCCGCUGAGGGCGAGGCCAAGCCCGCUGAGGAGGCUAAGCCCGCCGAAGCCGAGGCUGCCGCCCCGGCUGCUGAGGAGAAGAAGGAGGAGCCCGCCGUCAAGCCCGAGGCUGCUGCUCCCGCUGUUGCCGCCACUGCCUAG